CGGUUAGAAGCCAGAAACAAAAUGCGCAACAAUCAUCUGUUUGGGGUGCAAGUUAUGAUUCCGGUUGUGUACACAAAUUGAAAAAUGAAAAGUUAACCGUGAAUACAUUGAAUCACUCAAAUAUUGUUUUGUUUAAACCCUCCCGAUAGCGAUUAGUUUACGUUAAUCUUAAAAUAUCCAGCAGUGUUGUUUUUAUUUGAAAAAAUCGUGUGAUAUUUACAAACAUUCUAUUCAUUCCGCAUUUAUAGUCACCAGAUUUCGUUUGGAUCACAUCUCAGGAAUUUGAAAUCGACAACCUUUGCAACGGCUUUGUUGAAAGGACCUCACUGAUGUCUAUGCUAAUCUACUUAUGAAAUAUCACAGCACCAGUCCAGCACUAGGAUGACGAUUGCCCAGCCAUCCAUUCCAACCUGUUUGGCACAUCUGAUUUUGGCCGGUAUCACGGGCUGGUCCCUGAAACAUCUGCCUAUUGGUACUACAAACACUUCAGCAGCGGAUGAUCCAGUAUCAUUCAUGCUUCUCUUGUUGGUGUUCCUGCUCUGUCAUAGUUUACUGGGAAUCUUUCGCUACAGUCACCCAGAUCCGCACAACAAUCUGCGCAAGUUGUAUGAGUUAUCAGUGCUCGUUGCAACCGUCUGUCCCCUUCCUUUGCUGAACACUCAACUGUACCUCAAAUAUCAACUCAACGAAUCACAACUCUGGACUUCCAGUUACUUACUAGCAAGUGUUCUUAUUCCGUUUUUAGUUGGUUUGAUAUAUUCCGAACUGAGUCAACGGCAUAAAAGUGACUAUGUGACCACUGUAAUGGCCAUAAUAAAUCUGACUGUGCUGGUAUGGAUUUCGGUUGAAAACGAGAACGUCUGGGGUAUCGGAUUGGCCGUUUCCUAUGGAAUGAAACUGGUUGCUCUACCAUGGUUGGCCGAUCGCUACAGUGUAUCGUUUAUAGAUCUUUACACGUACGGGUUGGGAUUUUUUGAAAUUUUUGCUGUUAAUGUUGUGAUAGAUGCCGAUAUGUAUAGAACUGAACUUGUUAUGCAGUAGAAGAUUAUGCUUAGAGAUGUGAAAGAGAAACAGCCUCAGGUUAUGGAAAUAACUGCUUUUUCCACGACAUUUAUAAAUGUAGAACAGUGCUAAUGUACGCCGUAUACGUAUGCAUACAUGUAUAGUAUUUGAAACUGAGGACAAAUAUUUAGAUGCUCUACCUUCGAGCUUGAUACAGAUUUUCUACAUGAAACGACUCUGCUAUUUACUAUAUUUGAUGAAUAUAUUUAUACAAUCUAGAAUAGAGACAAAUGCACGAGCCAUUUCAUAUAUAUUUUGAAAAAUAUAUUUCAAGAGACAGCAACUAAAAUUUCU